UAUGUUAACAUACACUGACUUUUGUUUAAAAUUAGCAACUAUAGUUAAGGAAGAAAAGAUAGAAUCUCUGAAGAUUUACGAGUUAAUUAAUUAUACACUUGAUUUAUUAGAAAGUACUUAAUCACCCAUUGAUACAUAUGUAUAUUUUGUAAUUCAUUAAAGGAAGAAGUGAUUAGCAAAGAAUUGAAAUUUUAUAAAAGUGAAUGCUAAUACUAGUCACAAUUACGGACUUCCUUACAAUUGUAGGUCAAAGUAUUUAUCAAUAUAAAUUAGCAAGCAAUUACAAACCCAAUUAUUUGAAGUAAAAGAAACAAAUGCACGUCUUAUUGAGAUUCUAAAAUAAUAAAAAAAGUAAUAACUUCAAAGCAAUUUGAAAACUGAAACAAACACCAAUACUCAAACAUAAACUUAAACUCAUAAAUUGGAAACACAAAGAUUAUCCUCUCGUUUAAAUAAAGAAUGUUUUUUUAUUAUAUUUAUAUAGAAUUUACUACCAUGUCUCGAUAACCGAUUUUACCUAUCACUCAAAAGUAAUCCCAAUUGGCUCCACAUUUAACAAUAGAAAUCAAAAACAUUAGAACUCCUUUGAUGGAAAGCCAAGCACCCAAGAAUUUAAAGGAACUAUUUGAUCAAUGUGUUGCCUAAUUAUAUAGAGAAAACAAGAUCAAGGGGAACUUCUAGAAACAAAAUAAAUAAAAUUGCAAUAGAGACCAUUAAGGUUAGUUUUUAUUGACAUAAGAAUCAAAUGACAUCUAAUUUUCAAAACUGGAUAUCAAGACUCUCACCGAAAGGUAUACCAAAUUCAAUCAAUUAAUUUAGAUUCUUUUUGAAUCCUCAUUUUAUUAAGAUGGUUGAAGCCUAGAUAUUUGACAUUAAGUGUUGCAAUUUCAAGGCUUGUAUCUAUAAUUAAAGAUAAAUCUAAUAAUAAAUCGAUUCAGGUCUUUAUAAAGAGGAAAUUCAUUAAACUCAUCUGCCUAAAAGGAGUCUCACCUUUAGAUAGGAUAAUAGAAGUAAAAGUGUUGGUAAAAAUGAGGGUAUUGUGAUUGUCAAUUAAGAUAGAUUACAAACUUCAAUAUUAGUAUUUAUAUUAGGAAAUUUAAAGACUAGAAAAAGAGAUUGUCUCUACAUCUACAAAUAGAUUUACAGUCUAAGAACUGAAAUUGCAGUUGAGAGAAGCAAAGGAAAAACUUGUAGAAAUAUAAUCUAAGAUUUUAAAUUGA